UCUCGUGGCCCACACUAUUGCCUAUUUGCCCUCGCGCCUUUUCCUUCAAACCUAUCUACCUACUGAACGCGCCAUGAACCUCAAACUUUACCUCCUAGCGCUCGCUGGGGCUGGGGCGGCGACUGCUAGGUUUGCUCUGCUCCCUUCUUCUGCCAUCUUCUUCCAGCCUAGACAGGAGAAAGAAGACACGAUGGAUUUGUAUCUGUGCUCGAAUCCGAAUUUCAAUCACGAUUGCGAUAGGUGUGCUUGUGAGCGAUUGGAGAAUUUGAUUACUAUGGGCGGAUAUGGAGGACCGCCUUGCUAUCCCCUGCCUGAGGACCUCCGUGUUGGCAAUCCUCAAGGUGUAUCAUCUGCUCGCUCCUACUCGAAGUGGAACUGUACCUUGUUUGAUAAUCCAGACUGCAACGGCACAUUACCCGGAAGCAGUCUCCACAUUCCUCCAGGCCCGCCUGGUAUGGCAUCUCUCGGUGCCUUCGACGACCGCGCGGUGACAUAUCAGUGCUAUUCCAUACCUUGAACCACCGCUACACAAGAGGUAAUAUCCUCAAUGGGCUAGCUAGAGGGCGGUGUGAUAGGGUAGAGUCAUGCUUCCGUGCUAGCGACGUGGUGGGUUUGAGGAUCACUUUGAGGAUUGAAGGACAAUGAAAGCUUUGGCCACGAAGACCCUAUGAUAUAAAAUAUCAAGGGUGAUUCAGGAGGAUGGGAUAUGUCAUAAUUCGCGAUAGAAACGAUGAAUCUCUUAGAUCUCUUCCUUGCUGUCUCAUAAUUGCUUCAGCUACUACGUUCACUCAGGCAGUAUCGAUUUCGAGACUAAUCACAAGCACACGCAGUCGUGUUAGUAUGAUGGCGAACCUAUGCUUGCUGUUCCAGCUGUCCACUUUAGAACCCAUGACGUAUGCUCGUAUAAUCCGUUAUUUUUAGUCCACUCGUACUAUAGUCUGUCGUACGUCGGAUGUGACCCUUGGACCAAGCUGUACUCUCUAUCAUCUAUAACAUGAUAUAGUCCUUAGGCGCCCUGAUUACGUCUUUCUCUCGUAUUCUAGUUUAAGUGGUGGCAACUUGAACUAUCCCUCUUUUUCUGGUCGAUGUAACGGUAACUCCAGGGAGGAAGCGUCGGAGGACACGAAAAAAAAAAAAGAGCGUUACAGCUU